AUCCUCGUCCCUCUCUAAAUAUAUUCGGACUCUCCUUCCUCGCUUCGUCCCCGUCCUUCUCCGAAUUAGGGUUUUUCUCUGGUUUUCUUCCCUUCUCGGCCAGGGAAAACCCUCCGAUCUCCGCCAUUAAAUCACCAUCCGAGCUCUUAGUAUUCAAAUUUCUUCCCUUCUGCGUCACCAGUGGUGGUAUUAGAGUUUGGAUUUCUCUUCUGGCUUUAGAUUGGAGGGUGAAAGUAUUGGAUCUUGAGGCAUAAGAUGGGGGCGCUGGUGUCGAGGUUUUGGUUCAUGUUGUUCCCCGCGAAGGAGUACAAGAUUGUGGUGGUUGGGUUGGACAAUGCCGGGAAGACGACGACUCUUUACAAAUUGCAUCUUGGAGAUGUCGUCAACACGAGUCCUACUAUUGGGAGCAAUGUCGAGGAGGUUGUUUACAAGAACAUAAGGUUUGAGGUUUGGGAUCUUGGGGGACAAGAAAGGCUGAGAGCCUCCUGGGCAACAUAUUACCAGGGAACUCAUGCUGUCAUUGCUGUGAUAGAUAGCACUGACCGAGCUCGGAUCUCCAUCAUGAAGGAUGAGCUCUUCAGGCUGCUUCAGCAUGCAGACCUUGAGCAUACCGUGGUGCUCGUAUUUGCUAACAAACAGGACCUCAAGGAUGCAAUGUCUCCCGCUGAGAUCACUGACGCCCUGUCCCUCCAUAGCAUCAAGAACCAUGACUGGCACAUCCAAGCCUGUUGUGCUCUCACCGGUGAGGGAUUAUAUGAUGGCCUGGGAUGGAUAGCUCAGAGAGUUGCUGGGAAAGCAACAGCAACCUAAUCUGGAAUCGGAUCUUGCUUGUCUUGUAUUUUGUUUAAUGUGAACAUGAUAAAGGGCGAGAGAGAACAGGUUUUUCCCCCCAUGUAAACCAAUCCAUGGCCUCAUGAUGCAAACCAAAGUAACACAUUGUUUAUAUUCCUAUCAGUUUGUGGAAAAAAGUGCAUAUUUUCCCAUGUUUCUCUCUUUCAUGUUGCAGAUGGAAAUGACACUAUCUGAUUAGUCUGAAAAUAA